UUUUUGGCAGAGAAUUUUUCCAUUGUUUUUUGUGUUGUUUGAGAAAUUGAAUGUCAUCGCUGACGCUCAAGUUUCUCUCGCUCCGGUCAAAGGACGCGUUCAAACGCGAGCGCCUGCCGCAGGCAUCGUCGUCGUCGAGCCUGUACGAGCACCACACGUCCGUGGAUGCAGGGCCAGACGCACAGGCGCCGGGAACAGCAGGAACAGCGGCAGGAGGAACGCCGCCGCCACCGCCAGAGCGAAGCAGCUCGAUGCCGACGGUGCACGGCUCGCUGCGAGGCGAUCCCGGGCUAGCACACCAUUCAUUCUCACACCAACCGCCAGCAGCACCAACAAGCGGCGGCGGCAGCAGCAGCAGCAGCAGCAGCAGCAGCGGUGGCACGGGCUUUGGGGCGCUCGUCCGAACGCUCUCCAACUCGACCAAGUGCUCCAAUGCCCAAUGCGAGACCAGCUUUGGCUUCUUUGACCGCAAGAACACGUGUCGAUUGUGUCACCUUAUAUUCUGCAGCAUUCAUUGCUCCAAGAUGGUCCGGAUGAACGAGUUCGGUCAGCUCCACCCGGAGGGCGUCAAGCAAAAAGUGUGCGACGCGUGUGAGGUGCAGGUCACCCACAAUCUGCUCAACAAUGUCUCCUUCACCGAGGCCAAGUCGGAUCUCGAGCGAAGACUUUCACACCGUGCCGAGCGCAAGGAUCUAGUUGCACAGAAUAUCAUUCACGAGUCCACUGAUGCCAAGGUCGAUUCCAAUCUGGUGGCAGUGUCCGAGCAGCUCAUUCGGCGGCAUCGAAAGGACUCGUUAUCCAACAAGCUGAGUAUGCGGCCGAACGUGGAGGAGCUGAUUGGCAAGCACAUUCUCACAGCGGCUUCUCCCGAGCAAGUCGAGGAGCAGAAAGAGACCGUCGAGAAGAAGCUCAUCACCCACAUGAUUACAAGGCCAUCGGUUGAUGAUCUUGUCAACCGAAAUAUCAUGAAGGGCGAAGAACUUGGAAUGGACGAUGUCGUGGACGAGUCUGGCGAUGUCGUGAUUGAGUUUUCGGCCAUCAAAUUCGACAACACUGCCGAGUAUCUCGAGGAGAAGCUUCAACGACGACCCUCGUUCCUCGAGCUGGAAGAUCGCAACAUUCUUAUUCGUUUCAAAGACGUCGUUGCCGUGGCCCCUACCUACGACGCCGAGGAUUACGAUCGCAGCAAUGACAAAACCUGGACACGAUUAACCAACAAAGACAAAGUGGCCAUCAAAAAAGAGCUCAACGAUUUCAAGCGCACCAUGCCGGUUCAUGAGGAAAGCGCUCAGUACACACGAUUUCACAAGUGAUUUUUCCGCAACGUUUUUUUCAAUGCUUGUUUUUGUGUUUUUAGCCUUGACUUGCGCCUGUUUGACUUGUUUUCAAACAAGCUGCACACAAUCCCACAAAAUAUACUUCAGAGGGUGGUCUCAACAUCCGCGCUGGCUUGGGUUUUUGUGGUUGCUGAGUGUUUCAUAUUCUCGUUUGUUUGUUUCUGUCCUCGUUUGAUUUGUUUUUUGUUCUUCUUCUUCUUCUUCUUCUUGGUCAUUACCUUGAGCUUGAGCUUUGCCACACUAAUACAAUACACAGAGUUUCAGA